AUGUUCUUUUGCCCUUAUUGUGGAACCUUACUUUUGAUACAAGCGUGCUCGGUCCAAAAUCGAUUUUCUUGUACCACUUGCAACUACGUCCGAUUCAUUCCUCUCACUUGCAAUCACAGGCCUGUGCUCACCAUUACGCAUUCUUUUCACGGCUCUAAAAAAGUGUGUGGUGACGAUGCGGAGUACAGUAAAGUGGAGGUAGUUUCUAGCGGUGACGGCGGUUGUGCUGAUAACGACAAGUUCUCCAUCAGUAAUCACACAGAUGCAGAUGGAGCGAUAGGAGGUGCAGAAGGGGGACAGGUCAUGACGAUUAAUUGCCCUAAUGAAGAUCCACCAUGUUCCAGCGAAAAAGCAUUUUAUAUUCAAAUUCAGAUGCGAUCGGCGGACGAGCCUGCGACAAUCUUCUUCAAGUGCGUGCAGUGUGGGCAUCAGUGGCGGCAAGACUAGCCGAUAGUGUGGGCCUGUGCUUUUUCAGUGGGAUGUUGGGUUCCUAACUAUAGUGUAUUACAGCUCAGAGGUUGCCAAAAAAUAUUUCUGUUUGUUUUAGCUCCCAA